CAUGUUAAGAAAAAGGAGCUCCUGCAUUCCCUAGCCGCGAUGUGGCGCGGACGAAUGUUGUCAUUUAUAUCAACUUAUACCCAUAGCUUCCCCGCUAAUUAGGGGGACCUCAGUAAUUAGCAGAUCUCUAACACACCAUGCAACAAACGAGGAAGACGGGAAAUUUAAAGUAUGAUUAUAAAAUACCAAUAUGAAAUUUUGCUCUGAUUUGGUAAAAGUGCUUGUUUUGGCGCUGGUGGCACUUAAAAACUCUGUAUACACGGAUGACGGAAGUUGCUCAGCAUUGGGAUCAAAAUCGAUACAUAUGAAUGAAGACAUUUUGGAGUUUAUAGAUAAUAACCAACGCUGGGGCAAAUCUCAAUCAAAGUUGAAAGAGUGUAGUAAAAACAGCUUCUACCAGAACGGUAAAGAGAUCUGGAGUCCAAGUCACAUGAAUGAUCGGCGGGGAAAAGGUUUAUCUAUUAAAAAGAAAGAACAGCGACGACUCAAAGGGUCGAAGAGAAUGAGAAAAAUAAAGAAAAAGAGGCAGCGAUGGAAGAGACACAAACAGAAAAUGAGAUGAAAAAUGAAGUCCCCUUUGUCCAUUAUAAACCGGAUUUCUAAAUUUCAAGACACGUGACUUUGUUACGGAUGAACAUGUCGUAUCUGUUGCAGUGUGCGAUGUUUCAUGAGCACAGUAUUAGGAUGAAGGAGAUCUCGACAGCCUAUUUCCUGUCAAAUGCAUAAGAUGAAGCCCCGAAGCAGUGUGAUUGAUGCUUAAGAAUCGAUUUUCUAUCCACUAUAAUUCGAUCUAUGUGAAGGCUUAUUAUACAUCAUGACAAACUUGGCUUGUUAUAACUUGAGCGUUAGAGCAUAAGAAAUUGUUAAAUGAGGUAUGCAAGGCCUCCUAGAGGACAAUUUACAAGAUGAAAAAUAAAUUCUAGAAAGGAGUUUUCAUUGGAACAUAAGAAAAUAUCUUCUCUUUUUUGCCAUUAAUGUGAUUUAUGA